AGUUCCCUUUUCCCUUCCCCUCCCUUCUUCACCCAUCAUCUCCGCCUCUUCCGUUCCCACCUCACUCCUCGCCGCGCGCCGCCUCGCUCCCCACCGCCGCGCCGCAGUAGGGUUCGCAAGCCCGCAGCAGAGCGCGUACCGCACCCUGCCCCCCCCCCCCCCCCCCCGCUCUGUCCACCCCACGCCGGCCUCUCGCUGCCGCUCGCCGCACCGCACGAGAGGCGAGAUCGGCGGCUCCCAGAUUCGUACCCGGGCCACAGUCCCUCCUCGCCCUGCGUGUCGGCGCCGCCUCCACACGCCCGCGCUUCACCAGCCCCGACGGAAUCUCUCCCGGAGGCGCGCGAUUCGCCGCGGGGAUGGUACGGUAGGGCCGCAGUCGCUAGGGUUUCCGCGCCCGGUGCCGCCAUGGACGCCGAGCCCCGCCGGGAGGGUUCCGAUCGGGCGCCCGCCGCCGACUCCUCCGCGGCGCCGGACGGUGACGAGGCGAUGGCCCGUGGCGUCGCUGCUGCGGAGAAGCCUACAGCGGCCAGUGAGGCGGGGGCUGGUGGAGACGUCGCGGCGGCGGAGCGUGGGCGUGACGGGGAGACGCCGGCUGGAGAUCCGGGGGUGGUGGCUGACGAAGGCGGUGCUGUGGGCGACCAGUGUCCUGCGGCGCCUCAAGCGAGCGAGGUGGACGAGGGUGGCGCCGCGGGCAAGGAGCGGUCUGAUGGUGGUCUGGCGAAUGGGGCAGUUGAGGGCAGCAGCAUUGCGGGGGAAGUGCCAGAUGUGGCUCCUGUGGUAUCUGAAGCACGGAUGGACGAGGACGGGGGUUGCUCCACAGGCAAUGAGUACUCUGAAAUGAAGAUGGAGGUGGAUGGCGGCUGCGUAGCAGAACGAGAGGGCGAUGGUCAGGAACAGGAACAAGAGUGCACUGCAGCUGCUGUGGAAAGCGAGGUUAAGACGGGGGAAGGUGACGGCGGAGUGGUGAAUCAAGGGACUACGGCACAUGCUGGGGGUCUUCAGGUUAAAGAGGAGGUGGGGGAAGGCUUGGUGGGCCGCUACAUUGGACGUAGCGCUCCAGGGCGCACGAGGAUUCUUAUUGGGAAGGUUGUGUCCUAUGAUAGCACAGCUGGGGUCUACAGCCUGGUGUUUGAGGACGGACACGCUGAGGAGCUGGGGCUUCCUCAGCUCCAGGAGCUUCUCAUGUCGGAUGAUAAUGGUGCAUUAGGCAUGAAGGUGAGCUGCCGGAAGAGGAAGCUAGACUUGCUGGUUUCAUCAGGGAGCGCCUUGGAGGUCAAAGAGCCACCAAGUACUAGGCAGAGGGUUGAUGGAUGCGAGAUGUCUGCCAGGCCUGAUGAGCUGCAGCAUAGUGCGUCUGGCUCGGAUAUGUCUGAGGAUGUUGAGUCUUCGAGCAAUUCAUCAGAUUUCACUAGAGAAGAAACAUCUGAGCCAUGCCCUCCUGUACAGGCUGUGGAGUUGCCUCCGUCGUCAGGCGACAUUCCUGUGCCAGAAGAGUCCAUAAGUUCUCUCCUCUCUGUUUAUAACUUCUUGCGGUCGUUCAGUGUGCAGCUGUUCCUGAGUCCAUUUGGACUGGACGAUUUUGUUGCGGCCAUUAAUUGCAGCGUGCAGAAUAACUUGUUGGAUGCUGUGCACGUCUCGCUACUGCGGGCUCUGAGGCGGCAUCUUGAAUCUAGAUCUGCAGAAGGAUCUCGAUCGGCUUCAAAUUGCCUGAAGUACCUGGAUUGGACAUUACUAGACGCAUUGACUUGGCCAAAUUUCUUACUAGAGUACCUGUAUGUGAUGUGUUGCAUUAAAAAUCUAGGGGGGAAGAGCUUUGGUAGAAGCCUUCUAGUCGCCGAAUACUAUAAACUUCCUGUUACCAUGAAGUUGAGGGUGCUGCAAAUACUCUGUGAUGAUGUCAUUGAAUCAGAAGAACUCAAAACUGAACUGGAAAAUCGAGUAGGCUACAAUGAGGAGAUGGAGUAUGAGAUAGAAUCUAGUGCAUUUUUGGAGGCUGGUUCAAGAUCAGUCUCAACUAGAGCAGCAAAGGCCUCAGCUUGCAAAAACACGAAUGAUUUCCAUAAUCUUCUCGAAAGUGCUCCAAAUGUAACAAAUCCCGAAACUGCUCCAGCAGUCCUGUCUCAGGAUGGCAAUAGUGAUGAUUGCCGAAUAUGUGGGAUGGAUGGAACUUUGGUAUGCUGUGAUGGCUGCCCGUGGGCAUAUCAUUCAAGAUGUAUUGGUCAAAACAAAGCUUUCCUUCCUCAGGGUGACUGGUUCUGUCCAGAAUGUAUGGUUAACAAGCUUGGCCCAACUUCCUCAAGAAUUGAGCGUGGUGCAAGAGGAGCUCAAAUGUUUGGCAUUGAUAUGUGUGGGAGACUAUUCUUAGGAACUUGCAACUAUUUGCUGGUGAUCGAAACAGCUUCAGAUGCAGAGUCUUAUGCAAGAUAUUACAAUCAGUAUGAUGUUGCCAAGGUCCUCCAAAGCCUUGCUGUCUCAGAUGCAUAUGUGGACAUAUGCAAGCAAAUAAAGGACUACUGGAAACAUUUACUUGGUAUAAUUCAUAACGAGAGAUCAACAACAGGUAAAGAAGUUGGUGCGAAAGUAGCACUUCCUCAAACAAACGCGCAGCAGAAAUUUGUGGCUAAUCAGAGCGCAAUGUGCUCAGUCGAAUGCCUGGAGGAACAAAAAUGCAAGUCAAGCUUAGGUGUUGUCACUGAGAAAAAUGCUGAAGUUUUCAAGCAAACUGUGUCAGCUCAGAACAACAUACAUAAUGCACACAGAAAUGGAGCUUUUGGACCAUCUGUGGUAUCCUCAGUUUCUCAUCAGAAUGGAUCCAUUGUAACAGGUGGGUCUAACAUAGCACAGGCGCAGCCAGCUCAGAGUAUUUUCCAUCCAGACCCAUCCACCGUUUCUGUGACGUCAGGAUCAUUUUGUCCAUCUUCUCUAGGUAAACACCACCUUCAGAUGUUUCCGGAAAGAUCUGGAAACAUGAGUGGUGUCAAGGCAGCAAAAUUGUCUUCUUUUAAACCACAAGCUUACAUGAACCUCUACAAUCAUGGCAAUAUUGCAGCAUCUGCUGCUGCCAAUAUAGCUGUUAUUACAUCCGAUGACAGUAAAGUUUCAGCAUCCCAACUGACUGCGAAACACCGGAAGAAAAUGGCUGCAGACAAUGCUCUACAAUUGAAAGCAUUUUCUUCAGCAGCCACACAAUUUCUUUGGCCGAGUACCGAAAAGAAGCUUAUGGAAGUCCCAAGAGAUAGAUGUGGUUGGUGCCUUGCUUGUAGAAGUUCAGCAAUUGGAACUAAAAAGGCUUGUUUUCUUAACAUGGCCACUUCAAAUGCUGUUAAAUGCUCUGCUCGAAUUCUUAGUGUAAUGCGUGUAAUAAAAAAUUCUGAUAGCCACUUUCCUAGUAUUGUUGCUUAUUUAGCCAACAUGGAGGAAAGUUUGCGUGGCCUCUUGGUUGGUUCACUACAAGAUAUGCAGCAGAAAGAAAGGUGGCAUCAGCAACUACAAGAAGCUUCGAACUGCAGAACUGUAAUACCCCUCUUGCUUGAGUUGGAAAGCAAUAUCCGUGGAGUAGCAUUUUCUGCAAGUUGGUUGAAGCCAAUAGACGAUUGGCCUUUGGAAUCUCCUGGUCCAUCAACGGGCGCAUCUCGUCCUGCACAAUACCAAAAACGUGGGGUUGGUGGAAGGCGUGGCAGAAGACGUUCGGUUGCAUCUGAAUCUGGUACUGCUACUGCUACUGAUGAGGACAACAGCUGGACUUGGUGGACUGGAGGAAAUAUUUCAAAACGUACUUUGCAGAGGGGGGCUCUUCUACAUUCAACCAGAAGAAAAGCUGCUCGCCAAGGUGGUAAACAGUGGAUAGCAGGUUUAUCUUACCAUGAAGGUUCCAAAUUUCCAAGGCGAUCUCGGCAGUUUGUCUGGAGAGGAUGUGUUGGAAUAAGCCAGACUUCAUCUCAACUUGCUUUACAGGUUAGAUAUCUUGAUGCCCACAUCAGAUGGAAGGAUUUCAUCCCUCCAGAUCAUAUUCCCUCAGAUGGAAAAAGUUAUGAUGCUGAUUUUUCUGCUCUCAGAAAUGCUGUAGUCUGUGAUAAAAAAAUAAUUGAUAAUAAGAUAAGAUACGCACUUAAGUUUCGCAACCAAAAGCAUCUUCCUGUGCGUGUGACAAAAAAUAUCUUGGAAUCAGAAGGUGAUCAGGAUGAAAAUAGCAAAUUGUGGUUUUCUGAAAACCAUGUGCCAUUGUACAUGCUGCGAGAAUUUGAGCUGCACGCUGGGGAUAACUCCUUGCCUACUCCAGGAAUUUCAGACUCUAACUGUUUUACCAAUUUGUACCCACGACGAGUAAAAGCAUAUGCUGGAGAUGUCUUUUCCUAUCUUUUUCACAAGGGAGAAGUCUAUCCCUGCACCUCAUGCAAGAAGGAUGUCAUCUACAGGGAUAUUGUUAAAUGCAACACUUGUCAAGGUAAUUGUCAUAAAGAGUGUACAUCAAGUUCUGUUGUUAGCAAAGGAAGCAGUGCUACUUCCAGUUUGAUAUGCAAGUUAUGCCUUCAGAAGCGGAAUCUUAUGCUUACUAGCUACAAUACAAAUGCAAGCUAUAUCCAGCCUCAACAAAAGGGUAAUGGCCAACAACCAGUGACCGCUCUCAGAGUUAAGUUUAAGGUUAGUUCUUCCCAUUCUGGUGAACCUGCUCCCAAAGUCGAAGCCCAGCUAGUCGCAAGCGUUAAAGCACAGCCAUCUGCGAAGGUGGAAGCUCAGUCGAGUAUGAAUGUGAAAGCCCGGCCAGUUGUAAACGUGAAAACACAACCAUUUGCAAAGGUGGAAGCUCAGCCAAUUAUGAAUGAGAAAGUCCAGCCAACUGCGAAGAUGGAGGUGCAGCCACUCGCGAAGAUGGUAACUCAGAACAUCACUGGUGUCCAAGCUCUGCCAAAGACAAAAGCUAAAAAGUCAAAGUCAGAAAAAGAAAAGAAACCUAAAAAAGUUCAAGCGAUCACAUAUUUUGGUCUCGUAUGGAAGAAAAAUAAGACUGACAAGGAUGAUGGAAGUGAGUUCAGGGCAAAUGAUGUAAUCCUUAAAAGCAAGGAUAGUAUAGGUUCAUCAAUAAGACCAACAUGCUGUCUCUGUGACAAAGCUUAUUCUCCGGAUUUCUUGUAUGUACGCUGUGAGAGGUGCCGGAAUUGGUUUCAUGGUGAUGCCUUGCAACUUGAAGAAGAAAGGAUUGGUGAGUUGGUUGCAUACCGGUGCUGUAGGUGCCGAAGAAGAGCCAUACCACAUUGUCCUCAUUCUGAUGGUUAUACAAAGCCUGAACCAGAAUUAAGUGAACAAACAGUUGCUGCAUCAUCUCAGUCAACUAUGCUAUCUAGUGAGGACACUUAUGCUUUAGCAGAUCAGGACCCACUGCUUGCUUCUUACGGGAUAGUUGAACCGAUUGGUGAUGAUACAAUGGAUGUUGGUUUGUCAAUGAACAUGUCAAGCUUUGCCCCUGGAAGUAACCAGAAACUGUCUAUAAGAAGAGCACAAGCAAAAAGUACUGAAUACAUUGACCAAGGUGGAAGACCUGUGAGUGAGUAUAAUAUCCAAAAUCAACCUCCAGGGAUUGGAAACAUCAAUCUCAGCCACACGAAUGAAAUUUCUUUUUCAGAGGUAGACAGUGUUGAUGCUUCAGAGCUAUUGGGGUGGGAUUUACCCCAAGGAGCUGCAUAUGCUACACCUCUUGAUUUCACUGCUAAUCACCAGUCGAAUGACACUUGCUGUGGCAGCUUUGGAAUGGACGAGUAUGAGCCCCAGACUUAUUUCUCGUUCACCGAGUUACUUGAAGCUGAUGAUACACAGCUUGACAAUGCCUUUGGGAUGUCUGCUGGUCUGCAAGGUGAUUGCAAUGGCACAGGAAGCUUUGUUCAACAAGGAGAUGGUUUGUCUUUCAUGGUAGAAGAUGGAGCUUCAAAUAUGAACUUCCCAACAAAUGAUCCCACCCCCGAUGAGGUAGCGUGCAGCAAGUGCAUGCAUACUCAGCCACCACCUGAUCUCAAAUGUGCUGUCUGUGACCUGCACAUACACAGGCAGUGCUCACCGUGGGAUCAAGGUGAAGAACCUGUUGACAGCAGCAAUUGGAGCUGUGGUGGUUGCCGGGAGUGGCGAUGAUUGACUUCUGAACUUCAUUGCAUCUGUUAAUAGUGCCAGCUGCCGGCUGUUAUCACAAGGUGGGAGGUACAUCGCGAAGUGCGACGUGGAUCUGUAGGAAAAAUCUCCACCAAGCUGUUACGCAGUGCUAAUUGUUGUUCGGAUGCUGGGGUUGGUUAUUUGACCAAAGUUUAACCAUCAUACAGUUACAAUAGCAAUGACUCCUGCGAUAUUUACACUGUACAUACUAAAGAAUGGGUCGACGAAGACCUUUUGUCAUUCUUUAGGCUGCUUGUGUGUGUGUUGGUGGGGGGGGGGGGGGGGGGGGGGGGGGGCGUAGAGAUAAGGGAGGAUGUUGUUAUCACCAUGUGUGUGGUUCUGAAAACCAUAUUCAUGAAGCUGUGUUACCUUGAAUUCUCGUGCUGUCUUUCAGAUAGAAGUGUCUUGGUCAGAGGCCAUUUCUACGCAUAUGCAUCUUUGUUCGAUA